AUGAUUAUUAACGGGUAUAUAUUAAUUAGUUUGCUUUUUGCAUUUGGUGUCAUUCUUGGAAACGGACCACCAUCUGAAGAUGGUGAACACGAUGAAAUUGUUGGAUCUCCUAGUCAAGAAUGGAGAGGAUAUUAUAAAAGAGAACAUUCAUUAACUAAACCAUAUCAAUCAGCAUCAAUGGAUAUACCAUAUUGGGAUAUAAUUGGUUCAACAAUUGUUAGUAAUACAGAAGUUCGUUUAACAACUGAUGAUAAAAGUAGAAGAGGAGGUAUAUUUAACAAAAUGCCUACACAUGCAAGAGAUUGGGAAGUUCAUUUAACAUUUAAAGUUACCGGUUCAACAGGAAGUCUUUUUGGUGAUGGUAUGGCAUUUUGGUAUGUUAAAGAACCUCAACUUGGUGAAGUAUUUGGAUUUAAAGAUUAUUUUCAUGGACUUGCUGUAUUUUUAGAUACCUAUAGUAAUCAUAAUGGUGCACAUAGCCAUAAACAUCCUUAUAUUAGUGCAAUGGUUAAUAAUGGUAAAUUACAUUAUGAUCAUGAUAGAGAUGGAACACAUACACAAUUAGGUGGUGAAGAUACAGGUUGUUCCGCAUUUUUUAGAAAUCAAGAUUUUGAUACUCACCUUCUUAUUAGAUAUGUUGGUGAUAUUCUUUCUGUUUAUACGGAUGUUGAAGGUGAAGGUGUAUGGCAAAAAUGUUUUAGUGUUGGUGGUGUACAUCUUCCAACUGGAUAUCAUUUUGGUGUAUCAGCUGCAACUGGUGAUCUUUCAGAUAAUCAUGAUGUUAUAUCAAUAAAAGUUUUUGAACAAGAAUUUCAACGUGUUGAAAAGGAAGCAGAAAUUUUAACUGAUCAAAUUGAACCACGUGCUGAAAUAUUUACAGCUCCAAGAGAUCAUGUUAAAGAUCCAAAACCUUCCAAACUAGGAUGGAUUGGAACUAUUUUCCUUAUUUUGAUUGCUGUCGCAUUCAUUGGUGUUGUACUAAUAUUUGGUGUUAAUUUUUGGCAGGCAAGGCAAUUAAAACAAAAUAAAAGAUUUUAUUAA